UCUCCAGCGGCCAGCAGCAGUUGGCUUCAGGAACAUGUGGCGGAUCUGAGUCGAAGUUUGUGUGGCAUCAUUCCAGGACUCAGCAGUGUGCUGUUGCCUCGGAUGAACCCGUUUGUCCUGAUUAACAUGGCCGGAGCUUUUUCCCUCUGCAUCACCUACAUGCUCAUAGAAAUCAAUAACUAUAAUGCCGUGGACACGGCGUCGGCGGUCGCCAUCGCUCUCAUGACGUUCGGCACCAUGUAUCCCAUGAGCGUCUACAGCGGCAAAGUGCUGCUGCAGACCACGCCGUCCCACGUCCUCGGCCAACUGGACAAACUGCUCAGAGAGGUGUCGACUCUGGACGGGGUGCUGGAGGUUCGCAACGAGCACUUCUGGACUGUGGGCUUCGGAUCUCUGGCUGGCUCUGCCCACGUUCGUAUCCGCCGUGAUGCCAACGAGCAGCUGGUCCUGGCUCACGUCACCAACCGGCUGCUGCCGCUCGUCUCCACGCUGACCGUCCAGAUCUUUAAAGAUGACUGGACCAGACCGCUCCUCACCGGGACCCUCUCCUCCUCCUCCUCUGGUCCCCCUCUGGGUCCUGCUGAAGGCUACGCCGCCCUCUCCUCCUCCUCCUAUCUGCCUCCUCUGCUGUCCUCAGAAGGAGAGCUGGAUCCUCUGACCUCCACCCCCUCCAAACCCAGCAGCCCUCCUCCAGAGUUCUCCUUCGACACACCGGGAAGAAACGUGCAGCCGGUGGUCCUCCCUGCACCGGGACACCACGGCCACAGGCCCUACGGCGGCCCGGGACUGUCCUACGGAGCGUCUCCCUACGCAGGGAUGUUGAGUCAGGGUCUGGUGCGGCCCGGUGGCGGGCUGGGACCCGGAGUGCAGGGUCUGGGGGUGGGGUAUGGACUAGGUGUGAGCGGGGUCCCUUCCUCUCAGAGCUACAGAACUGCCUUUGGAGGAGCGGCGCCGCCGCUCCGGUUUGGAACCGGCAACCCCCUGGCUUCACAGUCGCAGUACAGACAAUACCGACCCUGAUUGUGCCGAGCUAGAACUUCUGUACCCUUCAAAUACUUGGAUUCAUGCCGAAGGUCGAGUUUCUCGGUUCAGAUAUUUAAAACUCUGAUGAGAUUCAUUUCCUGUUCAGGCCGGACGGGCCGACGCUACAACAUUUAGUCCCAGUUUAUGGUGUCUGAUCUUGUAGCGUGAGCCUCCCCUGAUGUUAUAAGAGAGAUGUUGUGGUAUUUAUUUUGUUGACAGGGGGACCAAAGGUGGACCGGUUUAAUCAAGAUCCUGGGGUAACCACCUCAGGAUGGGACGGACAGGAAGAAAGCAGCGUGUCCAUACUUAUUUUGUUACAGGAAAGACUGUGAGGAAAAACAUUUUAGAGCAACAUCGUCAAACAUUAUUCCCGGUGAGAGGAAAUUCAGGCUUUUAACGGACACUAGAAUCCAAAGAGAGUCACAGUAAAACCUCGAUCACGAGCAUUACAAGCAGCCAGUAGCGAGGAGGUCAGAGGUGACGACGCUGAUGAUAUUCUAGUGUCCUACGAAUGAUGACAUAAGACAAAGAAAGAUUAAAAAAACAGAUGAUGAGAAAAGAAUUGCUCGAACUCAACAGCGUAUUGGACCAAAUGGAGGGAGGAGAUUUAGAAAACACACACAUAUAUAUAUAUAUAUAUAGUGAUUUAAAAACUCCAGUUUAAUCUUUUUUUUUUAUACCCGUUGAAAAGGCAUCUGCUCAAAAAGUGUUGCAUUAAAGUGUCCCGAAUGUUUUACGGCCACACGACCUGGAUUAAGUUUAAAACAAAAAAAACAACAUGAGUUUGUUUUAAUUUGUAAGCAAAAUUAUCUUUUGAGCCACUUUAAGUUUCACGCCAGCAUCAUUUCCUAAACCUUUUUUUUCCCUACUUGACUGAAAUAAAAACAUUGCUGCUGAGGACACACAUGCAGCAUGAGAGUAAAACAUAACACAGUAAAACACUGAGUAUCUCUCUUAGAAAACUCAGAUUAAAAGUAAGAGCACGUUUGGAGCCAUAAUAAUUUGAUUAGUACCGACAGACUACAAAUAUUAGCAAGUAAGGCAACAUGUUGGUUGCAGCUCUGCAGACUUCAUUUGCAUCUUAAUUUUCUGGUCUACAGCCUGUCCUCUUUUUGUUUUGUGUUAUUCCCCCAUACACAUUUGUAUCUCUUCAAGUAAAAUUUAGAACGAUUGUGAAGACAAAAUUGGAGCAAAAUGAAUGUUUGUAUCAGGACGUGAUGAAAACAUGGCGCCUGUGAGGGGAACGUCCUGAAAAGGAACAUUAAACGGUUAUGAUUUUCCUGAAGAGGACUGUUUCAUGUACUCUACGGUGGGGAGACUCUUUGACUGGGAUGUUGAUGGGUGUAUAUUUUUAAUCUGAGCUCUGGCUGAGUGUCACUAAAUAAUUCCUCAUUUGUUUGUUCCUUACAGGUCACAGAUUUGCGGUGCCUUUCUCAGACGUAGGGAAUAAAAAAGCCCGUAAAAACGUUGAAUCGUUACAUCAGAGCUGAGAAAUCAAACACGUGCAGAGUGAAUAUAUAUAUAACGGUAAAACCAAACAGAGAAAUGUUCUUACUUUGCAGAAUAAAGAACAGUAUUGUUAUUAACACUCGGCCUUAUUCCAUGUAUGUUUACUUCAAACGAACGUCUGGGAGUCUGUUAUUAAAAACAGGUCAUGAAAGUUGAA